GGGUCGACGGAUCACUUUUCCAUCGUUGAAGAAGUCCGCCAAACUGUGUAAAUAAACAUAUUCGUAGACCCCAGGUGCUACAGGCGCUCUAGUUCCCUUUGACGGCCUCAGGUUUAGUCCAAGUAGUGCCAACAGUGCAGUGUGGAGUGGUUAAAUUAAGAUGUUGAAGAGCGCAGCGUGGUUGCGUUUGUUUUUACUUCGCCGCAAGCAAAUCCAUCCCCAAGGAUGCUGACAUCGGGAAGAUGAAAACGUGAACUAGUGUAGUACGCAGCACUUUUACCGCCCGGUUGUUAAUCAUAAAAACCGUACCGUCAGUUGCAUUGGAGAUAGCAGUUUAGAAAACAAAUGCACGUUGGGAUUUAGACCAAAAACAACACAUCAAAUCUUGACAAAAUGUGGCACGAAGCGCGAAAACAGGAGAAAAAGAUCCGCGGCAUGCUGGUCGACUAUCGGAAGCGUGCCGAACGAAGGCAGGACUUCUACGAGCGAAUCAAAGCCGACCCGACGCAGUUCCUUCAAGUGCACGGCCGCAAAUGCAAGGUCCAUCUGGACGCCAGCGUAGCGACAGCUGCCGAGAAUCCCGCAAUCAUGAUGCCAUGGCAAGGACAGAAGGACAAUAUGAUCGAUCGAUUCGAUGUGCGUGCCCAUCUGGACUAUAUUCCGCCAGUGCCUCGCACCGAUCCGGAGGCUGCCGACCAGCAGGAGGAAGAUGCGGACGAGCGCGCAAUGUACUACGAAAGGUACCGCGUGCUGGCGCAGAACGAAUUCCUCGGAACGGUCGAGGAAAAGUUUCUCCACCAGCUAUACCUGGAGGAACAGUUCGGUGUGAACGCCCAGGUGGAAGCGGAAACGAAAGCGGCUGCAGCUGCAUCGAAGAAAAAAUCCUCCGCCGGGGCCGCCAUAGGCUACACGUACGAAGAGACGGAAACGGUGUCUGCCGGUGGCUCGGGACUGUCGGGCACUGGCAGCGGAUCGGCACCGAUCGUGCCGUUCGUUCAGUCGAUAACGGCCAUCGAGAAGUCGUCCGAUGCUUCAUCGUCGACCGUCGGUGCCAGCGGAGCGGCUCGGUUCGACGAGUGCAUGAAGGAUGAAUCGGACUCCGAUGUCGACAUGGACGUGUCGAUCGACAUCAACAAGAUCGGUAACGCGCAGGCCCACGAGCUGAACUCGUGCGGUCGCCAGUACGGUAUGAAGAGUAACGACUUUUACUCCUUCCUCACGAAGGACGCGGACGAAGCGGACGCACUGCGAAUGGCGCGUGAGGAGGAACAGGAGAAGAUUAUGUUUAGCGGACGUAAGAGCCGUCGGGAAAGGCGUGCCCAGCGGGAGCGUAAGUUUGCCGGCCGACCACUCAGUCCUCCGAGUUACGCGGCAAAGGAGGAGUUGGUGCCGAGGACGUUCGUCGAGACGAACGAUAGCUCCCGGUCGCCGUCCCCGGUCAACUCGGGCAAAAUAACCUACAUUACCUCAUUCGGUGGCGAGGACGAACUGCAGGCUCAUGCGAAGAUUUCGUUCGGCUUCAAUCGGGACAUGAGUACACUCGGUGGGAUCGCGGGAUCGUCGAAAGCGUCCCGUAUGCGUGCGGGUAUCGGGGGAUCAGCAGCCGAGGGCGGAGGUACCGUGAGCUACGCGGAUAAAGUCAAACAGAACUUGGAGAAGCUAAAGGCACAAGAGUCAAAGGAAAGCGAUCGAAAGCCACCGAUGCAGUAUCAGCGGACGGCGGCUAUGGGUCGUCACAGUCGUGGUAAAGGGAGUCGUAGCAGUAGCCGAAGCAGUCGAAGUAGCAGUAGUAGCCAUAGCCGGAGUAGAAGCCGUGGCCGGAGGCGUAGUUUCCACAGCAGCCGUAGUCGUAGCCGUGGUCGAAGCAAAAGUCCCGGCGCCGGGACACGUAGUGCUCGAAGGCGUCCGAGAGGACGGGCAGGAGGAAGUCACCGGAGUCGGUCACGAUCGAGAGGUGUAGAACCGGCCACAGGUCGAGCCGGCCCAAGGGGUGUUACUACGCGCCAAGCAUACUCCCGCUAUCGAGCGGCACGUUCGAAAUCCAAGUCAAGAUCACGAUCGCAUUCUCGAUCGCAUUCUCGAUCGCCUUCCCGUACUCGUUCGCGUCCUCGCUGGAGCCCCCGGAGAAGAUCACCGCCCCCAAGUUAUACCUCGCGCCGUCGAAGAAGUGCUGUCCGGUCCUCCUCGUCAUCCUCGUCAUCAUCUACCUCAUCCUCGCGAUCACGGUCGAGGACGCCGUCGGCCCGUCGGCCAGCAGCACAACAAGCGACGAGUGCACGUACGAAACGGGCCGGCUCUGGAACGGUAGCGUCUGACAGCGAAAUCUCACCUUCGCGUACGUUCAAAAAGAUUCGUGCGCAAACAACUGCAGUCUCUCAGGAAAAACCACCUCCACUUCUGCAAUCAAGUGGUGGGAUGGCACCACAAGCGAUUCUAAGUACACUACCUCCUUUACUUCCACCACCGCCACCGCCACCACCUGCUAUCGGUGAGCCGGCCACCUCCGAUGUGGUGGAUGAAAAGAAACCGAUUGCCGCACUCGCUCUGAUCGAACCGGAACCGGAGGUACCGAUCAAGCGGUACUACGGAAGGCGCCGCGGGGACGAAAGUUCCAGCGACGCGCUGAGCACGUCUGGCGAAGAAGAUACAAAUGAUGGCGAUCGGAAACCGCGUGGUCUGAUCGUUCCCGACGUACCGCUCGGAGAAGAAAACGCCGUUGGAACAACCAGCAAAAUUGCCAGCACGGCAGAACUAGGAAUCGUACAGAUAAAGCAGGAAAAACCGGACACCGGCUGCUACGGCACGUCCGGCAGUUCGCCUGCAGCACCAACACCAGCGGCCGGCUCCGGUGCGUCGUUAAGGUUUGGUAAAACGGUCACUGGCGGCACCAGCGCGCCCGAAUCCAAAGUCGGAAUCAUUGCUGCCGCCGUCAGUGGAGGUGGUGGGCCCGCACCGACAACUACAACGACGACGACGACGUCCCUACUUGCAUCGAAGUCGGUUAACCCGCGCGAUCGGCUGAAGCGCAAGAUGCAAAUCCUGCUGAACAAACAAUACAAAGCUGACAAGAAAGCGGAGAUCGAGAAAGUGGAGCGCCAGAUCCAGCAGCAGCAGGAACGUGACGAUGAGAUGCGCGAGCUGGCCCUUAAGCUGCGGCGCCGGCAACGUGAGCUGCGUCACAAGUACGGCACACCGGAGAGUGAGCACAGUAAAUCGCCCAGCUCCGGUGACGAUCGGAGCUCCGAUGACGGUGACGGUGGCGGUGACGGUGGGCAACGGUCCGGUGGUCCUGGAGCGGCGAUCGGAAGGGAUGCUUCGACAUCACCGCAAAGGUUGCCUUUGUUAAGUCCUCCGCUCCUAACAUCGGUGCCACCACCGAAGAUGCCAUCGCACGCACAUACUUCACGGCCCCCACCGUCGCUGAUGGUGGGUCGGGGUGGUACCGCAGGUUACGGGAAUAGUGUCGUGAUUGAACGGAAGCCCGUCCUACGUAGUGCGUCAGACUCGGGUGGUUCAACGGCACAGUCCGCCCCACCCCCGAUGGCUUCGUACCGGGCCGAUAUGGGUCGACUACGGCGACGCAAUACUCCACCCCCGGCACCGGGAAUCGGUGGUGGAGGUUCAUCGCGCGGAUUCACUGGCGGUUCGGGUGGAGGAGGUAUGUCUCCGAUGACACUACGCCGUGGUGGUGGUGGUGGUGGUAUGACCGCAGGACGACCACCCCCUGCGCCAUCAUCGAGCGGAAGCCGCUUUGACGAUCGUAGCCGGCGACGAUCACCGCAAAGGUAUAACCGAUCGCGUUCAAAGUCGCGGGAACGAUUUCCGUCGCGCGACACCACGGGACAAAUGGGCACCGGGGGCAACAGAGGUCGCCGGAUGCCGGAGUACGGCCGUUCGAGGGACUACGAUCGAUACCACCAUGGUGGUAGUGGUGACGUCGUCGGGUCUGGCUAUCAAAGUGGUGCCAGUUCGGGACGCUUUCGGGGACGGCGAUCUAGGUCCGGAUCACGCGGGCGCCGUUCGCGGUCCGGUUCGCCGGUACGAACGCGAGGCAACGGUGGUGGUGGUAGCGGCCAGGCUGGAAGUACACCAAACCGACCGAGAGAGCGUACGCCGAAACCGGUGAAGAAAUUGGUCGACUACUGACAUCACCACCAUAGCCAUGUCGAGAAAUUGGGUUUGCUUUCUUUCUCUCUUUAUCCUUUUCGUAUUUUUGUUCCUAUUUCGUAUAACUCCGUAACUUUCUUACCUCAACACCGAAUUAUCUUUCAAUGUUACUGUUUCACCUAUAACUAUAAUGUUUACAUUCUUCAUAUCCGCGGGGGAGGGGGUCCGCGACAGCCGAGCGGUAGCGCCGGUUAGAAAAUAGGCCCAUGAGCGCCGAGGCUCACCACCUCGACGGCGUGGGUUAGAAUCCCAACCGUGACCGGACCCUCCCCUGUACGAGAGGACUGACUAUCCACGUACAACAGGGAAACAAGUCUCGUAAGCCAUUAACGGGCAGGCAUGACCAAGAGGUCGUUACGCCAAGAAGAAGAAGAAGAUUCUUCACAUAAACAUACAUACACACACACAAGUACACAGUUACAUUUUCACACAAAUACAUUGCAUAAUACCUCCUUUUUUCCCUACAGUUCGUUAAGUGUAGGGGCAUGUUUGUUAAAGAACUCCCUUUUUCCUUGUGUAAUGAGCUAUUUUUGUCUCUCGUUUCGUUUUCAUACUUCUUUCGAAUACUGCUCUUAGAAAUCACAAAUCUACAAGUU